AUGUCCUCAGCGUCACGUGUUGUCUAUACAAAUUCCGCUUCCUCAUUAUCAUCAUCGUCUAUCGUGGGCUCGGCUGCCGAAGAAGAUGACAAUCCCGGUCCAAUAUCUUGUGAAAUACCAAAUGAAGAUAAACCGGGCAUUUGUUUGAAAGUGAGUCAGUGUACGGCAUAUCUGCUAGUUCGUAAUUCAACAAAUUUGCCAGCAGAAAAAGUGAAUUUCUUGAAAAAGGUGCAAUGUGUUAGUAAUAUAUCGUCUGUCGAUGAUAGUGACGAACAUUUAGAACCUCUCGUUUGCUGCACAGCCAAUGGCCAGGAUUAUCGUUAUCCCAGUUUACGUUUUACAAAAUUCGAAUAUCGUCGCUUUCAGGAUGCCACAGCGAGAUUUAAAAAGAAGAAACUUAAACGUCGCAUACAAACCGUCGAACCGGUGGAGGGAUUCAAUUUGUGGAAUGAAUGCGGCAAACAGGUGACACAUCGUAUCUACGGUGGUGAAAUAGCCGAACUGGAUGAAUUCCCAUGGUUGGCGUUGUUGGUUUAUAAUACAAAUGAAUAUGGUUGCAGUGGAGCUCUGAUCGAUGAUCGUCAUGUUCUGACAGCGGCACAUUGCGUUUACGGUGAAGCCUAUCGUGAGAAAAAGGGAUUAAAAUAUGUACGACUGGGUGAAUUUAAUGUCGGAACAGAACCCGAUUGCAUUGAGGAACCGAAUUAUUUGAGUUGUGCCGAUGCUGCCAUGGAUAUGAGUGUGGAAAAGAUCACUGUACAUCCGGAUUACAAAGAUUAUUCGUUUAAUAAAUUAAACGAUAUAGCAAUUAUACGAUUGAAGAAUCCGGUGUCUUUUACACAUUUUGUUAUGCCAAUUUGUUUGCCCAACGUAACCGAGGAUAGUCCAUUCGAAAGGGAUCAAAUGUUUUCUGUAUCUGGGUGGGGGAGAACGGAUUUUUUUAAUAAAUAUUUCGUGAAUAUACCGAGUCCAAUAAAGUUGAAGCUACGCAUACCUCUUAUGCCUCGAGAAAAUUGCACCAAAGUCUUGGAUUUGUACGGCAUACAAUUGGGUCCCAAGCAGUUGUGUGCCGGUGGUGAACAUGCCAAAGACACGUGUGCUGGUGACAGUGGUGGACCCCUAAUGUUUUUCGAUCGUAAACAUUCUCGAUGGGUUGCCUAUGGCAUUGUUAGCUUUGGCUUUACGCAGUGCGGCCUAACCGGACAUCCGGCCGUAUACACAAAUGUUGCCGACUACACAGAAUGGAUACGUAGAACAAUCAAAGAUUAG